CUUGCUCUGGUGGUAAUUUGGUAGGUGCAGCAGCUUGCAUGCAAACACCUAACUUGGAAUCUGUCAGUUCAUUUGAACUUUUGACAUCUUCUGGUGCCUUUCUCGGAAAUGUUGACUCUACAUACCACAUGCGACACGAUAAAGUAUACAUUUUUGCUGGCCAGUCCGACUCCGUUGUUAAACCCGGAAAUGGACCAAACAUACAACGUUAUUACAACCAUUACACGUUACAUUCUAAUGUGAAAACAGUAUUCAAUAUAAAUGCAGAACAUUGUCAGCCGACUGACAAUUAUGGAGGGACAUGUAACGUUCUAUCAAAAAGCAAUUAUCUGAACAACUGUGGAUAUAACGCUGCUUUUGAACUUCUUAACUGGAUAUAUGGCGACCUAAAGAUACCAGAAGCAGGGAAACCGUUAACUGGACAGUUGAAGACCUUUGACCAGUCAACAUUUUUCCACCUAUCUGUACCGAUAACAUACAGUUUUGACAAUAAUGGAUAUAUUUAUGUUCCUUCUGAUUGUGCAGACAAACAAACAAAAUGCAAACUUCACAUUGCACUUCAUGGAUGUCAACAAGGAAGACAUUUUAUUAAUGACGAAUAUGUGAAGCACGCCGGAUACAAUGAAGUCGGAGAAGCGAAUAAUAUCAUCAUAUUGUAUCCACAGAUUACACCGAUUCCAACUAAUCUAAAUGGUUGCUGGGACUGGUUUGGUUACACUGGCGCAUAUUUUGCUACGAAAAGUGGGUUUCAAAUCACAGCGUUGGACAGAAUGCGACGACAGGUUAUUGGACAGUUAAUACUGCGUUUGAAAGUAACAUAA